AUGACAGGGAAAAAGGUUGACGUUUCUAUUCCAAUGUCUUUGCUAUCGUUUAGUAAAAGCGUGGACAGGGGCUCCUACGAGAAGCUGUCGAUAAGAGACAGUGCUCGGUCCUUGAAAAAAUAUGGGGCGACGAGUAGUAAAAAUGCUACGAAGAACGAGUGUUAUAUCAAGCAUUUUGUUGGUGACAGUGAUACUUUGCAAGGGGUUGCACUCAAAUAUAAUGUAACUAUUGAACAAAUUCGACGAGCCAAUAAACUAUGGGCGUCGGACAGCCUUUUUCUUAGAGAAUCCCUUUUGAUACCUCAACCAGAAAACGCCAACAUCGAUCUGCAGUCUUCGCCAGAAAGUUCUCAAACGUCCUUCACACUAACCAGUCCUAGCGCCGAGAGUUUAAAUCAAAAUGUCGCAAGUUGCAGUACCACUAGGAGCCUGAGCUUUGAGGAAGAGAAUAUUAGUGAUUUUUUGAGUAAAAUUGAUGCUUCCAUUGCUAACACUAAGGAGGUAGUACAGAAAGUAACAAGGACUAGCGAGUUUGGUACAGAUCAGACUAUAGAGCAUCAACAACGCCGGCCCAGACCUCAAUCACGCCUCAAACAACAACAGCAACAAAACAACAAUGUUUCCGGGGCUCCCCUAAACACGGUCGUGGUGCAACAACAAGGAAAAAAAGUGAGGACCAGUCUGGAGCUACACGAACAACAACAGGAGGAACUGUUUGAGUUGUAG